GGAAUAGUAUGUGGGACCAUGUCAGAAACCACUUACCAAUGUUCAGGUUGCCUUCAUGACCUUGACUUUGUUCCCUAUUCGACUCUUUUUUGCUGUUUCUAUGAUGUUAGUGGCCUGGUUUUUUGCAUUUAUUGCUUUAUUGGGAUAUAAUGAGAAGGAACUUGAAAAGCCUCGCUCCUGGUGGCGAAAGGCAGUGCAUUGCUUGCUGAAAGCGCUUAUGAGAACUAUGUGGCUCGCUGGUGGAUUUCAUUGGGUAACUGUAAAGGGCAGGCAGGCAUCACCAACAGAAGCAGCAAUUCUCACAGUGGCUCCGCAUUCUUCAUACUUUGAUGCUAUUUCUGUGACCAUGACCAUGGCCUCCAUUGUGAUGAAGGCAGAAAGCAAAGAUAUUCCUGUCUGGGGAACUCUAAUUAAAUACUGCCGGCCAGUAUUUGUGUCUCGGUCAGACCAGGAUUCUCGCAGGAAAACAGUUGAAGAGAUAAAGAGACGUGCUCAGUCAGGCAAAUGGCCCCAGAUCAUAAUAUUCCCUGAAGGCACUUGCACAAACAGAUCCUGUUUAAUUACCUUCAAGCCUGGUGCAUUUAUCCCUGGAGUUCCUGUACAGCCAGUAGUUUUACGGUAUCCUAACAAACUGGAUACAAUCACAUGGACAUGGCAAGGACCAGGAGCGAUGGAAAUACUAUGGCUUACCUUGUGUCAGUUUCACAAUUCUGUGGAAAUUGAGUUUCUACCUGUGUAUAUCCCUUCAGAAGAGGAAAGAAAGAACCCAUCUUUGUAUGCAAACAAUGUCAGGCAGGUAAUGGCAGAGGCCUUAAGGGUUCCAGUGACAGAUUACACAUUUGAAGACUGCUGUCUAGCUUUGGCUGAAGGACAGCUCCGUCUUCCUUCAAACACUUGUCUCCUGGAAUUUGCAAAGCUUGUGAGAAGUCUUGGGCUGAAACCAGAAAAGCUUGAAAAAGAUCUUGAAAAAUAUUCUGAAAGUGCCAAAAAGAUGAAAGGUGCCAGGGUCAGUCUUAAGGAAUUUGCUGCGUACUUGGAAGUUCCAGUUUCUGACAUAUUGGAGAACAUGUUUGCCCUUUUUGAUGAGAAUGAAGAAGGCAUAAUUGACCUGCGGGAAUUUGUGAUUUCUCUAUCAGUAGUAUGUAGGCCAUCUAAAACUUUGGAAACAAUUCAGUUGGCAUUUAAGAUGUAUCAGUCAGAAAAUGGAACUAUAGUAGAAGACAAUUUAGCUUGCAUUCUGAAGACUGCUAUGGGUGUGUCAGAACUCAAUGUAACAAACCUCUUCAGAGCUAUAGAUGAAUGGGAGAAAGGAACAAUCACAUUUGAUGACUUCUUCAGGUUUACAGAAACGUAUCCAGACUUUGCAGAAGAGUAUCUCUACCCUGACCAGACAGGAGUUGAAAGCAGUUUGGAGACUUCCUCUCUUCCAGCCCCUAAUGGCUUCUGUACUGACUUCAGUCCAGAAAAUGCUGAAGAUAAAAAGAAUCCCCAGAAGAAGAAACUGAAUUGAUACCACAAACAUCACAUUCCUCUCCUGGUGAGAGGAUUAUUUCUUUUCUUGAGGUCGUCUUAGUCAUGUCAACUAUACAGCAAAUUCAUUUUUUUUUGUGUAAAAACAAACCAACAAAAAACGCUUUCAUUACUCUUUCAUUCCCAUGUGGUAUAUUUAUCAGGUUUUUUUCAAGCAGAUUUUGGAAGGCUAGGUUUUAUUUUACAUUCAUUUCAAAAACGUUUUUGAAUGGCAUUUCUACCCAAUAGUUUCACAGGGAACCUGUAAACUAAUUCUUUAUUUAUUUAAUGUAGCUGCAGUGGGAAUAACACGGAUGGAAAGGUUUUUGGUGGAAGUCAAUGUAGACAGGUAGACAUGCACAUAAAUAUUUGAUAUAUGGCAGAGAAUAAAGGGGUUUUUUCAUCAUGAAUUCAAAAGGGUUGCAUUUUUCUCAAAAGGGACAGUCACAAAUGAGUUACAAAACAUCUUAAAGGAAUGCCAGGAAAAUCCAUUUAUACCUCUCAUAAACACUGUAUCUGGUGCAUAUGUAAUCUGCAAACUAUUUUAGGAAUGUUUUAAGGAAGUUUUAAAAAUUUGUAUUGGGAGUCUUGUAUCUUUUUUUUUCUUUUUGUAAAACUGAGUGCCUUAGUUAUUACUAUAAAUCCAACUGAGCAGGGCUGAUAGAAAAAUUGACAUUAGUAAAUGUAAAAAGCUUCCUGAAAAUACAGCUUUUCUGCAAAACAAUGCUACAGUGGACCCCCAGAAUGUGCCAGAUGCCCCGAAAGGGUUAAAGUAGUGCUGGGUCUCAAAGAUACUGAAAGAAAAUUUGCAAUCUUAAUGGUAAAAAUGAUUUAAGCGUUCAGGGUUCAGUACAGGCUUAUGUAUGCAUUCUACACACACAGAUGCUGUCGGGGUGUAACAGUUGUAUUCAUUAUUUAAUUACAUUAAAGCCUAAGCAGCAUUUUGUUCAUUAACCCUUUUCCUCUGAAACUUAUGUUCUAAACUGAGUAGCUUCAAACAGCCACAGUUUUUAAAGGACACUCAUCUGAUGCACUUUUUUCUUCCUGCAAAUGUGAAAUUCUACCCAUAUCCCAAAACCAGUGUGGCCUGAGGAAUACAAUAAAACACAUUUGGCCCUAGACCAGUGUCACAUUUCAAGUUUCAGGAUCUAGCAACACUAUCUGGCCAGAAAUGGGAACUUUAUAUAAUCUAAAGCAUUAACACGGUCAAACAUCUGAGGUGCAGAAAAGCUAAUCAAGGUGAAUAUUUGUGUUACAACACCUACUAGCAGCUCUCAAGCUAGGCCAGUGGUAACUAUAGCACCUCAGUUUACAGAAGCAGGAAUAUAAACCCAUCAUUUUAUUUCUCUAAAAUAGUUUCUCUGUGAUAUGUAGUUCAUAGGCAGAAAAUCAUGAUGGCCGGGGGAGUGGUAAAGUUUAUCAGCACACAUUUCUGUUGACCUAGAUGUAUUUUGUUCAUAGCUCUUUGUUAGGUAAGAGUAUUACUGCCCUUCCAGGUAUGUUCCAAUAAAACCCUUUUAUACCAGAUUUAAAUUAUCACAUCAAAAACUAGAGAUAGAUGCAGACCUGAGCCAGUUUCAUUAAUCUGAAAUUAAUGUUGAAGAGAUGUAGUGCAAACCUAUUGUGGGGGAGAGGGGGAGUCCCUCCCCCACGUCCCUGCAGUAUCUAACUAAAAUCAAAACAACUACAUACACUGUAGAAAUCCAAGGCAUCCAAAGAUUCUGUUUUCGAAAAACCAGGAAAGCUAAGCGUUAUAGCAUAUAAUUCUCUGCACCAUAGUACCACAGGCAACUGCAGCGUAAUGUGAAGAUAUGCAAGGUAACUUUUACAUGAGCUAGCUUGGGAAUAUGAUAAAUUGACUUCUCUCCUGCCACAACUAAAUUGGUAUUGGUCCCUGAGCUGACUAGGUGAAGCUGUCCCAACUGCUUGGCAGUCACUCUGGACCUAAGUCGUAAAGUGCACACGUGGCCUACACCUAACAUCUAGUUUGUUUUCAUUUUAGCUUUAAAAAGCAGAUGCUUUGGAUGUCUUUGGAAGCAUAUGUUUUAUGAGUGCAAACUUUCCUGUUUCUCUAUUAUUGCCAGCUCCUAUAUUCUACACUUUCUUUCUCAUAAAGCCACCACAGAAGAUAAAAGUCUCUUAAUGAAUGCUUUUUCCUAAGUUUUUAAUUAGACUUAAUUUUUGUAAAGACUCACAAAAGUUUGUAUUCUGUCUAUUUUGAUUAUUUUACACUUGGAUAUGCAAAUUUAUUUGUGCAAAUUGUCUUUAACAGAAAAUGUGUAUUAUAUAGCAUCGAAUUUUGCAAAUCUAAUACAAUGUGCACUUCUUCACCACCAUACCCAAUCUUUGAUCUUACGAUAUUAUUACCAUAAAGUCAUGGAUAUUAAAUUAGGACAUCUCUACCUGUAGAUAAGACUUAUUCUGUGGGUAGGUGUAUGUAACUGGUGAUUCAGAGUGCUGGGGAACAGUGGGAGCUACAUACAGUAUAUCGUUUUAAAGGACCCUGAAAGUUGAUGGGUUUUGGUUUUUUGUAAAAGAAACUGCAUCUUAAAAUGGUUCCUUAUGUAAUCACUGUGUGAGCCUCUCUCUCUCUCUCUCUUAAAAUAUGUUCUACUUUACAUGCAUCCUGCCUGCUGUUUUCGUGGUAUUCUUCAGAGUAAAAUACCACUCGUGAGUAAGGGUGAUAAAAGCUGCUCCCAUAAAAGUAAGUGGGGUAUGGUACAACAUCCUCUGUAAUGGAGGUCUUCGAUUAUAAACCCCUGUUCUCUGAACACAAGUAGUUAUCUAAAUUUUUGCCUGCUUUGCAAGGGGGAGAGAGGAGGAUGCAGUUUAAUUUAUCAAGACCUGCUAGGUAUCUUUAACAAAGCAUUUAUAAUUUUCCACUGUGGUGUUUUGUUUUGUUUUGUUUUGAAUGAGAUCUUAAUAGGUGAGAGGGGGUAGAAUAUGGUUCCAAGAUUCCAACUAUAGUGGUUUUUAUGGUUCUGUUCAACUAGAAUUUGAGGAUAAGUUUUUUGUCCAGGAAGUUUCUUCACUUCUUCUUGGGCUUAAAAGUUAAAGAAAUGCUAUUUAGUACAGGGACUUGAGUGGAUUUUGCAUUCUAUCAAGUUUUUUUCCCUCUCCCAUCAUUCUCUUGUGCACAGCUUUUUAGUAACUCAAUAGCUGUGCACCCAAAAGAGAGGAUUACUGGGUAAUUAUGAGAUUUAAACAAAACUUUAGGUUGUCUUCUAAUGUCUUUGGGAACCACAGCUGGAGGCAGUACUAAUUCUUCUGUAUAUUCCUCAUGGAAACUGAUCUUCACUUUCAUUGUAGAGGUGAGAUCCGUGUGUGGAUCCCUAACACAUUUUAGGAGAUUUGGCCAAAUUGUUUUAUGCACUUAAUUUACAGACAACAUUGGUCAGAGCAAAUACUUCCGUUUUUUAAAAAUGUUGUUGUAAACAAUUCCUAAGUCAACAUGUUUGCAAUAUUAGUUUGUAAAAUAAAUGAUAGAUGCCCACAUAUCACUGAAUUUCCAAGAUGUUUUAUAUAUCUAUAUUUUUGUUAGAAUUUUGUUUCUCUUUGCUCACAAGGAGUACAGACACUGGUUACUGUUCUGUUUGCUAAUCCCAUUAUAGAAUCCUAAUUCCUUAAAACAAAUAAUUGAAGGGAAACAACAGGAAAAAAAGAAACUCCUUUUGCUUUCUCCCUGGAGGCAAAGCAUACCACUAAAAGGAGUAAAUAGAGAGAUCAGUUAUUCAGAUAGUAGUUCAGUAAUAUUUCAAAGCAAUCGGAUUGAACACAUUUGUUAAAAACAAAACAGAAUUUAAAAAAAAUUAUGCCUGGAGUUGGCCAGAAUUUUACUUUCUCAUUCUCAAUAGUAGAGUUCACAAGAAUACUGGUAUGUAGUAAAUGUUUUUUGUUUUGUUUUGGUUUUUUUGUGGGGAAGAGGGUGAUAGUUACAUUUUAAUGUCUUUGACACCAUUCUACUUCUUUUCAAACAAGAAAGGUAGAUCAUCACCUUGACCAAGAAAGUCAAGUGAUCUGUUUGCAACCUUUGGUAUUCUUGUCAUUAAAUGAUGUCUUAUGUUAUGCUGCCAUAUCUAAGUACAACAAUGGUUUCAUGUUAAUUGCUUGUGUUUUGUUACACCAGUACUUAAGCAUUUCCAUAAUUAAAUUGCUGUUCUUACUUCUUGGAAAAAAGUGGUAGGAGAGGAUCUUUUAUUUUCUGUCCCAGGUGGCAUACUUCUGACUUCUUUAAAUUUUAGUUUUGUAGCUUUUAUAGGGACAUACAGGAUGCUUUGGAUCCAGAUCACGUGACUAAGAUUCUUUAAACUAUUGGAGUUAGUUAUCUACCUGUUUGUAUGCAUGCAGAGAUCAGAGCUAGCUUUAAAUGAACUAGCUUAGCUGCUAAAAGCAACUGCAGUAACCCAGUGUGUGGGCUAAUUUACCCUGUUGCUCAAGUGGCAGAGUAAAUUAGCCUAAAUGGAGCUCUGUCCUGCUCAGCUUAUUUUAAAGCUAGCUUAGGUGUCUCUAAAAGGCAGUCUAAUGUGUUCUAUAGAAGACAGAGUAAUCUACACUGCAAAGUGCAAGUCCUUCACAGCUAGAAAGGCUCCUUUGUUUGAGUGUAUUAAGCAUUACUGUUGUUAAACAUUUCCAUUAUGAUAUGAAACCUUUAUUUAAAAAGUUGGUCUUGCAUCAUAGAUCUAACAGAUCUGACUCUAAUGUUCUCAGGUAGCUCAUUCAACAGAAGUACCAUCUCAACUGAUAACAUUCCUAAUUACUUUGUCUUGUGGUUUGGUUGUUUGUUUGGUUGUUUGUUUAGUCCUGUGCUACCAGAGUUGCAGUAAUCUUGGCAGGUUGUGGGAAAGAGAGGUGGCUCACUGAUAUAGUAGAAUCUGGCUCCCUUUGCAGCUUUGAUGAGAAAUGCUCAGAGAGAGACUGGAUGAUGCAGAGUUCAGAGUGGCUAUCCUCUCUGGCCCAGAUUUUUAAAGACAUUUAUUAUUGUUUUGCUUGGCAUUGCAAGACAUAAGCUACUUAGUUCAAAGUCUACUUAGAGUUAAUUUACAAAAGUGAAUUGGUAGUUGAAGUAUCAUUGACUUUUAGUACCAUCACAGGCCUCAGCUACCUGAUCUUGUGAGGGACAUACUGCUACAUCCUGCCCAAGUUGGAACCUUCUUUUUGUUUACAGCCUCACUCCCAGGGUAAUUUAUUUCAGUAGUUUAGGCUGGCAGUGAUAAACAUGUGGGCCAAGAUUUUCAAGAACUGGAGGUUUAAUGACUAAGCUCCUAAUUGUAUUUUUAGGGUUCUGACUUUGGAAAGUGCUGAGCAGCAAGUUAAGUCUUGUUGGGUUUAGCACUUUGUAUAUUGUACUACGUAUUUGGAUCUGGAAUGGGCAACCUACAGCCUAUGGGCUGGAUCUGGCCUACAGAACCAUUGGAUCCAGCCCCUGGAUGCAGGGCUUCAGUGGCAGGGGCUUCCUCUGUGCCACAGCAGGGAGACCUGACCACAGGGGGGGCCUCAUCUGUGCUGCAGUAGGGAGAACUGGUAGUGGUGGUUGUAUCCUAGUGCCCACUUGCCUACUCACUUGUAACCUGAGCAGAGUCAUUUGGCCCGCAGCCUAAGAAGGUUGCCUACCACUGAUUUUAGGUGAUUGCAUACUUACAUAGGCUCCUAACUUUGAGCAUUUUGCUCAAAGUAUAGCUGUGACCAGAUGUUUCUCCAAGAGGAAGAAAGAAAAGCUCCCCCCAAGUUGGAAAUGGAAGUGUAAAUUUCUGCCCGAUGUCGCUAGAUUGGUGAGUCCAUCCAGACCCCAAGGUUGGGUUUGCUGAUGAAGAGGGAGUAUUCCAAUGAGGGAAUAUUCCAAUGAGCAGGUAUUCCAAUGAGGGAAACCAUUUCAGGUAAUCCCUUAAUAAUAUUCUCUUCUUUUUUUUCCAGGAGCAUUAUUCCAGUCAUGCUUGGAUUCAGAUUAAGCUAGCUGCUGCUCAUUUGGGUGCAUUCUUUUUGCAGGCAUUGUGACAACUGGUGAGGAUGCUGACUCUUUUCAAAGAAACUAUUCAGCUGAGGCCACUGGCCAUGCAGUCUGUGGUGUCUCAUCACUUCUCCAAGUAGCCUCAUGUAGAUACUGAAAAGCAGCUGGGAUCAAAAUAGAACCUUGUGUGACUACAUGUGAACAUCCUUAAAACAUCACCCUCCUCUGGGAUGAGUUGAGAAGAAUGCUGCCUAUUGUAUCGUAGCAAUAUCUUAUGAAUGGCUUGGCAGCACCUUCUUAUAAAUUUGUGUUCUAAAAGAUAAAUGGGAUAGUAUGAAAUUUAGAAAGUUUGCCGAAACCAUAAGAGGAUCAUCCAUUAUAGCUCCUAGGGCUUGCCUCUGUGACUAUUUCAUGCGUCAUGUGUGGAGGUUCAGGGAGACCAUUACAUUCAUCAGGGACGGUGGCAGGCAUGCCUCAUUCAAGACAGUGUUAAUAACUUCUGUUCUUACCAAGAGGCUGUACCUUGAGUUGCGUGUAAUGGCUCAAACACUUUUUUAGGGCUCCUUUAUCCACUGUAACAGGACCAAACUGGGAUGGCUGAUGCUUUCUGUUUUAAAUUGUCUUAGUAAGCUUAAAUUUCUAUGAAAGGGAGGAGAGCUUUUUGCAUGGUUGAUUCUUUGGUCUGAGGCUCAUUUCUGUAAUCUGGAUGUACUUUUAUGUUUCUUUGGCAAAAUAAUAUCACCUUGUAACUUGCAGCUGGAAGAGCAGGGAACAGGGGCUUCCGCAUCCUUUAACUGUGUGAUAGUAGUGUGAUCUUUUACUAAACCCGUUGUGUUGUCAGCAUAUUGGUUUUGUGUAUGUGUUGGAGUUCGCUGGUUUGGUUUGUCUGACAUUAAUUCGCUGAUGAGCCAUCUCUGAGAUCAGGGCAGUUAUUUAUGGCUACACUGGCUGACUAGUUAUCGAUUGUUACAGUAUCGUCAACACAGCCUUCAUGAGUGAGUAAUUUACACUUGUAGAAAUUGCUAAACAGUUGAAGGGUUCAGCAUCUUUGGUAAGUCAGCAAGCUUUUCUUGGUAGGAUAGGGAGAUGACCAUUAUCCUUGUUUGAAUGAAGUAGCAGUUUGUGGUGAAGAAGGUAUGUUUUGUAUAUCUUGAAUUCUCUACUAGGCUGAAGAUCAGGUCUUGGGUCUUACAUUGUGCUGGCCUGAAUUGAGCCUUCUUGAGGCUGGUGUUCAAAUUUUAAAAUCUGGGGAGAAAGUAACCUAGCUAUUAUGUUUUUCAAUUAAAACCUUGAAAAUGAAAAUUAUUUGUGACACUAGUUGUUGUUUAAGGCAUUUUUGUCUGCUAGAAGCCUUAACAACUCUAAAAGGUGUAAAUUCAGUGCUUCAUCUCUCUGAGCUAUAAAGACAGUGAGACCCCCAGCAAUGAUGAUUUAAAUAUCAGCCAACCCUUCUUCUGGUCAAAGCAGGUAAAGAAGGAAGGCAAAAAAAAUAUAUUAAGAAGGUCUGGAUAAUAUACUGCAAAUGUGACAAUUCAUUUAGGGCCAUGAAUGAGGAACAUUUGAAAAUAGCAACACUCGUCCCUGUUUUCAAUUUUGACCAAUGGAACUGAAAAUCAGAGGUUGGGAAGUGGGGUGUGGGGGGAAGAGAGAUUGCACUUCUGAUUUUCACCAAGACCAAAACAAUCCCACAAGCAACAAAGCUGUCUCACUGACCUGUCUGGUCCCUUUCCAGAAUCAUGUGAACCUGGUUUGCUCUAAUGCUGGUCUGUGGCCCAGUCGCCUUUCCUGACUCCUGUUGGUGCUGUUCAUCUUUUCUGCUUGUGGCUGGCUGCAGCCUCAGACAGACAUUCCUGCAUCUCUUUGGCUUGGGCCAUGUUCACAAGCUUUUCUUCACAAUUUGGGAUGAGGGUUUAUAGACUUUUUUAAAAAUGAGAUUCUGAUGCCAUUGCAGGACUCUGGCAACCAUGGUCCUAUGCACGUGACUGUUCAGGCCUGUGUCAUUAUCAAUAAUAAUACCACUGCUUUCCCUCCAUAAUUCAAGCCUUACAUAUGUAUCCAUCUGAGUGAGAGAAAUGAAAGUGUGUGUUUCUAUGUAAGACAAGAAAUUGGAUGUUGGAAUUCUUGUUUGUUUUCUUUAAAAAAAAAGAAAAAAAAAAGAGACAUUCUGGAUUGUGUCUAUUUUGUAAUAUUUCCUGGCUUCCUUUUCAUGUCAUUACUUUAGUUGGCAGGUGCCUAUUGCCAUAAGAAUGCAAUGUGGAUAAAACAACUAAGGACAAUAGUUUGUCCUUACAGAUGCUGGAGAAAGUGAAAAGUAUAAUACUUUACAUGCUACUAUAGUAUUGGGUAUACAAUUCAUUUGAUUAUUGGUCAUUUCUAAGUCUCUGAACCUAUAUGGGGAGAAAAUCCCAGAUACAUGUCUUUUGUCAUUAUCUAGCAUGGAAACAGUUUUGUAUUUCAAAUGUUGAAUAAACUUGUAAAGUUCUUGUAUGUUCUAAGUAUAUAUUUUUGUCAUAUAUGUUGUCUUUUAUUGUAAAAAUCCAACUAGAUAUUUCUUAUAUUUUGGAAGGGAUGUCUAAGCAUGUCCUAACCAGAAAAGCAAUUUUUUAAAAUAAACAAUCUAAAACUGAAUCGUGUUUUUAAAAGUAUGUAGAGUAGAAUUCCUUAAACUUUAACUUGAGACUCAUUAGCAACUGUAUAUACUUAGAGAAAAAAAGCUGCUGGUCUACAUAGUAAUUUGUAUUAGUGAAUUAUUUUCAUUAAAAUUACACUGCUUUCUGUAAUAAUUUUUCAAGGGUAUUAAAGAGGUCCAUGAAAAUUAUGCAUAAGUAAGUGUUUAGCAUUAGAACUCAGAAAUGUUGAAAUCUAUUUAAAGUAGAAGCGUUUGUAUCCUGAAAAAGGACGAAGUUAAGCAUCUACUAACUUUGUAUAACGUACUAUUUUAACUUCAAUGGUGCAGCAUUAUGUUGAAAGUAUUUCAGAGAUCUGUUCAGUGGGACCAUUUUUUUAAAUCUUUUGUAAUUCCCAAUAUCUCUCCAGGCAUGAAAGAAAUUCUCUUUUGGAAGAAUUAUCAACCAAGUUAAAGUUAAAAAAAAAUAUUCUGGAAAUUUUUAAAAAUCUCAUGAAUUACUUCUAAACUGGCAUCAAAAUAUGGAUAUUUGUAUAUUUUGACAAACACUACUGCAUUUUUUUAAAUGAACUGUGAAUUUAAAUUGUCGAGAGAGCUGUUAGCCGUUCAAAUAAUCAGUUUGGUAACUUGUGUGCAUGUGUGUGUGUUCCAUUACAUCUGUAUUCAAUAUAGGCACUGCCAUGAAAAGAACACUUUUAGUUGAUGCUGUGACUUGUGCUUAUAUGGCAAGUCCUAUGUUCAUAUUCAGGAAAGCCAGUUUUGUAAGAAGCCACGUAAUGGGUAUUGUGGUCUUGUUCCAGCUUGCGACUGACUUCAGCAGUGCUGGAAUCAAGCCUUUUGUGAUUGUAUAUAGAUAUGCACACUGCCCAUGAGUCCUUGCUAUUGUUAAAUCCCUGGAACGUAAUAACAGCAUAUACUGCUAACGAGCGGAAGCAUCCUAAAUUUUUUUUCUGUUGCCGAUUUUCCCUGUUAACAGGCUUCUAAGGUAUAUGUAUAUAGACCGUUAUCUUUGCACUGGACUGAAUUAUAUUUCAUAAUUAAGCAAAAAAAAGAAAAGAAGAAAAAUACCUUAGUCAGUUGUUCAGGUGGUGGAGAUUCUUUGACUAGAUGUUAACCACUUCCAAAUGAAAAGUAUAGUUUCAGUGCUAAAAAUUUGAUUUUAUAUUUUUUAUUAAAAUGCAUGGAAAAUUAAGCAUUCUAUUUAAAAAAAAUUGACUUGUUUUAUACAUUUUCUCAAGUUUUUAAAUAAUAUGGGUUUAACAUUACCUCCUAAUACCAGUGAUGUUCAGUAAUUUCUUAAAAGAAAUACCUCAAUUUGAACAAAUAUUUUUUCUUGUUAAUUGUCAAGUGAGUUGAAAUUAUGUUGUCUUUGAUAUUGACUAUAGUUGCUAUAAACUAAACUGAGCCAAGCAGCAGCAUAAUUAUAUAAGCUUACACCAUGCUUUGAGUGGUAUGCUGAAUUAAUAAAGGAGAAUUGAAAUCACUGUCAAUAUUUUAUGAAUGAAACCGAGGACUCCUUACAAGUUUUAAUGUCCAUUAUGAAAUCACUGGUCAUUCUGCCCAGCUGGACACUUCCUUUGUGACUGGCUUACUGUAAAACAAAGUUUCAGUGUGAAAUGAAAUUUCAGCCAAAUUAAAAGCAA